UCAAAAGAUCGAAGCGCAGAAAUAAACCGAAAAUUUCAUUUCAGAAUUCAGACAGCCAGACAGGUCUCGGCAGCUCCGGCGACAACAAACUAGCUUUAGAAAGAGAGAAUGUAAAAUGAUUUUCAAGGAGACUUGAGCUUUGCAUAGCUCUCUAACGGAGAUUUCCUACGGUUUCGGAGUCUCGGAGUUCAGAUUACAGUGCUGUAGUAUGAUAGAUCACAAGUUUUGCGUGCGUAGAUGCUCGUUUGUCGAACUUUGUACUGAUUGAAGGAUGAUUAGCAUGCUGAGCUGAGAUGAAUCGGUUCUAGUGUUAGAACUAUUUGAAAGACGGAUGGGGCCUGAAAUGAUUUAAUAAUAACAUUUGGAAUUUUGGAUACUUGAUGAGUGAUAUAAAUCAUGGAAAAUAGUGAAAGAACUGGUGAGAAGGUCUUCCCAAAUGGAGAUGUCUACAUAGGUAUGUUUAAGGGAGUGCUUCCACAUGGAAAAGGUAAGUAUACAUCAUCAGAUGGAACAACAUAUGAUGGUGAUUGGGAAGAAGGAAAGAUGACAGGUAAAGGACAGAUUAUUUGGUCAUCUGGAGCUACUUAUGAUGGUGAUUGCUUUGAGGGUUACCUCCAUGGCUUUGGAACCUUUAGCAGUUCUGAUGGUUCUGUAUACAAAGGUCACUGGAAGAUGAAUAUUCAGCAUGGUGUUGGACGAAAAGAGUAUCAAAAUUCUGAUGUAUAUGAUGGUUGUUGGAAAGAGGGAGUACGUGAUGGCCACGGUAGAUAUACAUGGAGUAAUGGAAACAUGUAUACUGGAAUUUGGAAAAAAGGGAACAUGUCUGGUAGAGGGGUUAUGAAAUGGUUCAACGGAGAUCUGUUUGAUGGAUUUUGGGUUGAUGGGUUAAGACAUGGAUCAGGUUGUUACAGAUUUGCUGAUGGAAGUUACUAUUUCGGAACUUGGAGUAAUGGCCUAAAAGAUGGACGUGGAACACUUUAUCCUGUCGGAUGUGCUCUGGAUAAGUGUAAGAUUGAUGGCCAUAAGGAAAUAAGAAGGAUGUUAUCUCAUGAUUCCUCUAUAAGUAAAAAAGAUGCUGUUAAACCUAAAGUAAAGCGUAGUAUUUCUGAGAAGAUUGUUGAUCGCUUUGCAAGAGAUUCUGGUAGAAUAUCACGCAGGGCUGUAUCGGUAGCAGGAGAUGCAGCUCUUCAUUGCUCCAGUACAGAGGUCUUACCGGAAGAUGCAUCUUGCAUGUUAUCUCACACCACUUGUGAUGGUAAGGCUGAGCAGCUGGGCAAUAUUACAGUGGCAUAUGAAAGAGAAUAUAUGCAAGGGGUCCUAAUCAGAGAGAGGAUUAAGAGUGUCGAUGGACUCUCCCACCAAAGUACACAGAGGCGAAAGUUUCCUGCUAAAGAAGUAAGAAAGGGGUCAUGUAUGGACCUUUUUAAAGGCCGCAAAAGCUAUUACCUGAUGCUUAAUCUGCAACUUGGUAUCAGGUAUUCUGUGGGGAAGAUCACACCUAUUCCUAUGCGGGAAGUGAGGCAAUCUGAUUUUGGAGAACAGGCUAGAAUAAAGAUGUACUUUCCCAGAAAAGGCUCUCGAUUGACACCUCCUCAUCGUUCCAUUGACUUCUAUUGGAAGGACUAUUGUCCCAUAGUCUUUAGGAACUUGAGGAGGUUAUUCAAGUUAAAUGCAGCAGAUUACAUGAUGUCCAUCUGUUGUGAUGAUGGCUUGAGAGAGCUUUUGUCUCCUGGAAAAAGCGGCAGUAUUUUUUAUCUUUCUUGUGAUGACAGAUUUGUGAUCAAGACACUAAAGAAGUCCGAGCUCAAGGUUCUAUUAAAGAUGCUGCCUUCUUACUAUAAACAUGUAAAAGACCACGAAAACACUCUCAUAACAAAAUUUUUUGGGGUGUACAGAAUAUCACUCAGACGAAGAAAAAAGGUUCGCUUUGUAGUCAUGGGAAAUAUGUUCUAUACAGAACUUCACAUGCAUCAUCGGUAUGAUUUAAAAGGUUCUUCUCUUGGAAGAUUUACAGACAAAGACAAAAUUGAAGAAGGUACUACAUUGAAGGAUCUUGAUUUGAUGUAUGAGCUCCGUAUGGACAAGUUAUUACAUGAAACACUUAUCAAACAAUUAUCUUUGGACAGCCAGUUCUUAGAAUCACAGCAUAUAAUUGAUUAUAGCCUUCUAUUGGGAUUGCACUUCAGAGCUCCGGAGCAUCUGACAGCACUGUUAGAGCCUCCUGAUUCUCUGUUUAAACCCAAGAGCACUCUUGUUUCUAGUGAUGGGGGAAUCUCGAUUCUUCCAAGGAGUUUGACUUUAGUAACCCAUGAACCUAGCAUAGUGAGCACUGCACCUGGUCCCCACAUACGAGGAAAGACCUUGAGAGCCAACUCUGUUGGUGACAGGGAGGUUGAUCUUCUUUUGCCCGGCACUGGAAGGUUGAGGGUUCAAUUAGGUGUGAAUAUGCCAGCUCAAGCCAACCGCAAGGUUAAGCAGGACGAGACUGAUCCAUCUGAAGUCGAACUUUUCGAGGUGUAUGAUGUUGUCCUCUACCUUGGUAUAAUUGACAUACUGCAGGCGUACAACAUGAGAAAGAAGUUAGAGCACAAGUAUAAAUCUCUACGGUUUGACCCUAUGUCCAUUUCUGUUAUUGAGCCAAAGCUUUAUUCGAAACGUUUUAUCAGCUUUCUAGAAAGAGUUUUUCGGGCUUAACCUCACAAGUUUCUUCUCGCCUGUUUACUACCAACCACUGUCUGUUUAGUCUUUAAAGCAACAAAAUAAGUCCUACCAAACUAGCUGUUUCAAGAUUUAUUCUAUUGUAAGAAGAA